UGUGACAGUGCGGUGAUGCAGCAGGUUACCAUGGCAACAUCAGUCUCCUCUCCCAGCAUGCACCAGCAGCAGAGCGACCCCAGUCAAACAGCGGCAGCAGGUGGGAAGUGCAGCAGGGUGGAGCAGCAGACAGACGGCCAGCAGCAAGGAGGAGCGAUGAUGGAUGGAUACUCUGCCCCAGAUGGCCCCGCCCAGGAAGCGCAGAGCAUGAUGGGAGACCCCGACUCUGCCAGUUUUCUGGACAAACUUUCAAAAGGAAGCAGAGUGGAGGAGGAGGAGGUGAAGGAGGAGCAAGAAGAUGGAGGUAAACUGAUGAGGAGCAGCUCUGAGGAGCAGCCAGAGGGGUGGGAUGAGGAGGAGAAAGAGGGGAGAUCCAUGAUGAAGAAAGAGGAGGAAGAGGAGCAACUAGGAGAUGAAGAGAAAGAGAAGGAGGUGGAGAAGAAAGACGAGGGGCAGCCAGAUACUCCCUGCUCCUCCAUCACACCUCCUCCUUUACAACAGGAGCAGGGAGAAGCUGACGAAGAGGAGGAGGAAGAAAUGAUGGAUAAAGAAGAAGAGGAGGUGACGGAGGAGAAAGGAGUUGUGAUGAAGAAAAAGGAGGAGCAGCUCGAAGGACGAGAUGGAGAGAUGGAGGAGAAGAAACAGAGGGAAGGUCAGGCAGAAACUCCCUGUUCCUCCAUCACACCUCCUCCUAACGAAAGAGGAGCUGACAAAGAGGAGGAGGAAAAAAUGAUUGACAGAGAGAAAGAGGAAGUGACGGAGGAGGAGGGGGUGAUGGAGCAGGAGGAGUCCUCAGAGCUCCACCCUCCCCCAGAGAUUAAAAAAACAAGCAGCAGCUCAGAGCCUCCUGCUGAGGAGCAGCUGGACGUCCAGGAGGAGAAAACACUGAUCCACCCAUCAGCUCCCGCCCCUCCAUCCUCUGAAGACCAGCAGGUCCCCGCUGAUAAAACAAACGCUCCCCUGACCAACGGUGUCGUCCGCAAAGAGAAGAGACGUUUGAUUUCUACUGCAGCUCCUCCCUCCAGAACCAAAGCUCCACCCACAGGAGCUGCCUCAGUGAGGAAAACAAGCACCUCCUCCUCUCCAAAACAGACUGUUCCACCCAAGAAAACGAGCGCGCCUCCUCCUCUUAAGAAAGAAAAAGCAGCUGUGAAGGAACCUGCUGAAGAAGCUAUGAAGGCUUCCAGGACAGCAGGGGGCGCCAAAGCAGCCAAGAUGAUCUCAGCCAAGAGUACAGAGUCAGUAGACGGAGUCAGCAGUCCAGGAAGUCGUUCUCCUGCCAGUCGAUCAUCCACUCCGAACAGAGACGUCAAGAAGGUGGCGGUGGUUCGGACCCCCCCCAGGUCUCCCAGCUCUGCUCGUGGACGGACGCCCCCUCCCCUCCACCCCAUGCCUGACCUCAGCAAUGUGAGGUCAAAGGUCGGAUCCACGGAGAACCUCAAACACUCACCUGGAGGGGGCAAGGUUCAGAUUGUUCAUAAGAAGUUGGAUCUCAGUAAUGUGACAUCAAAGUGUGGCUCCAAAGACAACAUCCACCACAAACCAGGUGGAGGGAAGUUGGAGAUUAAAUCAGAGAAGGUGGAUUUUAAAGCUGUUCAGUCUAAAGUCGGUUCUCUGGAGAACGUCACUCAUGUGCCGGGAGGGGGGAAGAAGAAGAUUGAGAGUCAGAAACUAAACUUCAGAGAAAAUGCCAAAGCUCGAACCGACCACGGUGCUGACAUCGUCACCCAGCCUGACUUCUCCCCUCCUCAACUUAGCAACACUUCCUCCCCCGGAAGCCUUAACGCUGCUGAAGCUCCGCCCCUCAACACCCUGGCCGACCAGGUGUCCACCUCCCUCGCCAAACAAGGCCUGUGAUUGGACAACCCUGUGUCUGUAGACCCCGCUCCCUCCUGUUACCAUGGAAACUGCCUGAUGGAAGAAAGGAAAAAAAAUCAUUCUGCCCUUUUCUUCAUCUAAUAUCACACAAACAGGAUUGGAGAGUUUUUAUUAAGUUAAAGUGAUUAAAUCUGACUUCUGAACGCAGCUCAUCCAGAUCAACAGCCAAUCACAGUUGAGUCAGUCAGGUGUUUAGUCAAUACAUGAAGCAACACUCAGACAGGUAAGUAAACCCUCCUGGUCUCUGUUUUCUCUCAGAGUCAGAGGAGAAGAGGAUUAUCAGUUUCAUCUUUGUGUGUCCAGUACAGAUACAUUCAGGAUGUGGUUAGCCUAGCUUAGCAGAAAGACUGGAAACGGGGAAACUGCUAGCCUAGCCCUAACCCUCAUUCAAUUGACUUGUAAAUCAGACAACUGGAAGUUGUUGGAGGUGGAUUUUUUUCUCUUCUGAUGGAACAAGGCUAGCAGUUUCCCCCUGCUUCCAGUCUUUAUGCUAAGCUAGGCUAGCAGUUUAACCUUGCAUCCAGCCUUUGUGCUAAGCUAGGCUAGUAGAUUCCCCCUGCUUCCAGUCUUUGUGCUAAGCUAGGCUAGCAGUUUAACCUUGCAUCCAGCCUUUGUGCUAAGCUAUGCUAGUAGAUUCCCCAUGCUUCCAGUCUUUAUGCUAAGCUUGGUUUGCUGUUUCCUCAUGCAUCCUGUCUUUGUGCUAAGCUAGGUUAAACAGUUCCUGGACCUCUCUCUGUGAGGUGAAAUUUGAAAUUUUAGGGGCCUUUAGUUGGUUCCAGGAGUACUUGAGGAGGUUUUUGGGGUCCUUGAAGAAAGUUGGAGUCCUUGAGGAGGUGCUAUAAAUCUUGAGGAAGUUCCAGGUAGGGCUGUGGGAUACAAACACUGAUCAUGAUAGAAAUGUUUCCUCGUUGAGAAAAUGUGAAAAUUUUAAACUUCGAUUACGUGACAACAUGCUAACAGCAAAUCACAUCAUAGCAACAAAGCUAAUUCUAAACAAUUAUAUAGCAGACCUUCAGCAGGGUGGCUAAGUUAGCCAAACACACCAAAUAAUGAUGUUUUGGUAUUAAUGUCAGAUAGUUAGACAAAGAGAUGAGGUCUCACUCUGAGGAAACAGUCAGAACAACCUGAAACUGCUGGAGACAAAAAACAAGGAAACAAGAUGUCUGACUUUGGAAAAUGAUUUUAACUGAAGAUUUAUUUACACGACCUGCCAAUCAAACACUUGGUCAUUUUUCAGGUUCUGAAUCUAAAGAAACAGAAACAUUGAUUUAAUUGUUAUCUUUAUUCAAUAUCGACUAAAAAAAUUUCCAGUUCCAGGGGUCCUCGAGAAAGUUGUCAGGAUCAGCAAGAUGGUUUUCAUAAGUUCUUGAGGAGGUUCCAUCGGUCUGUGAAACAGUGUUACGUGUCCUUGAAGAGGUUACAAGGUUGUUGAAUAAAGUGAAGGGGAUCCUGGAGGUUGCUCCAGGAGUCAUUGAGGAGAUGAAACUGAGAUCCAUCAUCUCGGAGAAAACAGAGAACAUGCUAAUCCAUGCUAACUGAUAACUAGCCGGGGCUAGCGUGUUAGUUUUCUUGAUUAGCCUGUUAGCUUCCUUCAUAAAAUCCCUCCAAUCAUAUUAAGUCUCUAAUGUCACCUCUCAGCCAAUCAUCAUCUCUUCUGUGUUUCUGAAUGCUGAUGUGCUGCACCCCACCCCCCAUCAUCAUAAAAAAUACCCAGAAUGCAGUUUGAUACCAGGUGCCAAAACACGGAUGUAUAAUAAGACCUGGAUAUGGUGCCGCCGCUCAGCCUUGCAGACAAUUUUUUUCCAGUGGUCACUCGCGGUAUUGCAACGAAAAAUUUCCCUACGGCCCACCAUUAUAAAAGAGACAAAAUCUGUGACGUCAUCACAGUGUAAAGUCUAUGGGCCGAGCAGGAACUCGUGGGCGGGGCCAGCGGGAGAAACACUACUUCCAAAUUCAGCUGGCCACAGAUCCUGGAAGUAAACCCAGAAGCUAAAAACUUUUUUGGCAUAUGGGCCAGGCGAGCAAUUCUCAUCGGAAUGAAUAGGCGCCAUCUUUGUGUCCAGAAUCCGGUUCUUAUUAAACAUCCAUGUGCCAAAACCAUACUGUUUCUCUCUCUGCUUAUCGGCUUGUUGAAGUGCUUUGUACCAAUAAAGUUUCUCUUGGAUCUGACCUGUUUGUUGUUUGCUGAAAAUAAAGUUACAUUGUGGCCA